AUGUUGGCUAUGUUGCAUAGGAGGCAUGGCUGCGCAAUGCCACUAUCCGCGAGAACAUCCUAUUUGGCGAAGCCGUAUGAUCAGCAGCGCUAUGAGGGGGUGCUGCAUAUCUGUACACUAAAGCCUGAUCUGCGGAUCCUGACUGCUGGCAACCAGACCGAGAUUGGCAAGCAUGGUGUGAUGCUGUCAGGUGGCCAGAAGCAGCAUGUUGCAUUGGCGUAUGCUGUGUACUUGGACUGCAAGAUCCUACUUAUUGAUGACUGUCUGUCAACUGUCGAUGCGCACACUACCAAGCACAUCCUGAUGGAAUGCCUGCUGAACAAGUCAUCGCUGAUGCAGGACUGCACUUGUGUCCUCAUCACUUGUCAUAUAUCGAUGUGUCUUCCUAUAUGCGUAGUACAUCGUGGUGAUGCGCAAGGGCAAGGUUGCGCUCAAGGGCAAUCCACAGGAACUACAAGCCUUGGGCUGAUUCGCUGCCACACUUGCUGAGCUCAACACUAAGGAAGACACCAAGUUCUGACGAUGGAUUAAAGGGCAAGGAAGUUGAUGGCAUCGAAGAUGAUGGCAAUGCCGAGCAGGCCAAGGCUAUCAAUGAUCCAAUAUUGGAAGAUGAGUACAACAGCAAGAGACUGCACCAAACUGGCCGCUGACGGGGAUUUGGGUACAGGUAUCAAUCCGGUAAACCUUGAAGGAACUUUGGUUGCGGACGAGGAGUG